UUUUUUUUUUCUUACUCUUCUACUCACACCUCAUCUCACUCUUCAUUCUCUUCACUCUUGCAAUCCACACCCGCAUCUAAUCUCUUAAUUUCAUUUAUUGUAUAAUACCUCAUAUAUAAUCAUCAUGCUCUUCAAGUCCAUUGCCACCGUCCUCACCAUUGCAGGUCUCGCUGCUGCCCAGACUCCUACCGAGUACACUAAGGGUGUUGCCCACAUCAAGAAGGACAAUAUCGACGCCAUCUUCACCUUCGAGAAGGUCGCUGAGGGUACCAACGUUACUGUUGAUGUUAAGAGCGGUCUUACCCAGGGUCUCCAGAUCCUGCCCGCUGGAUUCGAAUACCACAUUCAUGUCAAACCUGUCGGUGCUAAUGGUGACUGCAUGGCCACUGGUGGUCAUUUGAACCCCGGCAACGCUGGCAAGUAUCCUUGCGAUAAGACCAGCGCCAACUUCACUGCCUGUGAGAUUGGUGACUUGUCUGGCAAGCACGGAAACUUGGUCGCUGCCAACAACGACACUGGUGCCAUCCCUCCUUUGAGCUACGUCGAUAGCCAACUCAGCUUCUCAGGUCCUACUGAAUCUGCUUUGCUCGGUCGUUCCGUCGUCAUCCAUAACAACGGUACCCGCAUUGCCUGCGCUAACUUGGUUGUUGAAGGCUACACCGCCCCUGAGGCCAACAGCACAUCCCCCACUACCGUCGGUUCUACUCCUCUCCCCACCAAGGAUAGCAGCGCUGUCAAGCUCGUCGCCUCCCUUACUCUCUCUGGACUCGUUGCUGCCAUGAUGUUGGCUCUUUAA